CGAAGAUCAGUGUAUGAAAUAUUUUACGACCGGUUUCCUCGAGGCUAAAGUACCGGGCUGUGCAUCGUGGCUUUUUGGCGGGCGCUAUUUCUUUGGCGGUUUCUUGAGUUUUACUUUCAAAGCUGAAAUAUAAAAAACGUAUAAAUGGGUGAUAAGGACGGUGAAACUUUCGAUGAUGCUGUCGAAGAACGAGUUAUCAACGAAGAAUAUAAAAUAUGGAAAAAGAAUACACCCUUUUUGUAUGAUCUUGUAAUGACGCAUGCUUUGGAAUGGCCAUCUUUAACUGCACAGUGGUUACCGGAUGUAACUAGACCAGAGGGAAAAGAUUACACCGUUCAUCGUUUGAUCCUUGGUACACAUACAUCGGAUGAACAAAAUCAUUUGUUAAUAGCGAGUGUUCAAUUACCAAAUGAAGAUGCUCAGUUUGAUGCUUCCCAUUAUGAUAAUGAAAAGGGUGAAUUUGGUGGAUUUGGUUCUGUAAGUGGAAAAAUAGAAAUUGAAAUUAAAAUUAAUCAUGAGGGAGAAGUAAAUAGAGCAAGAUACAUGCCACAAAAUCCUUGCGUUAUCGCUACAAAAACUCCAUCAAGCGAUGUUUUAGUAUUCGAUUACACCAAACAUCCUAGCAAGCCAGAUCCAAAUGGUGAAUGUCAUCCAGAUUUAAGGUUACAAGGACAUCAAAAAGAAGGUUAUGGAUUAUCAUGGAAUCCAAAUCUUAAUGGCUACUUGUUGAGUGCAUCAGAUGAUCAUACAAUCUGUUUAUGGGAUAUCAAUGCUACUCCCAAAGAAAAUCGAGUGAUUGAUGCAAAAACUAUUUUUACAGGACAUACAGCCGUUGUAGAAGAUGUUGCAUGGCAUUUGUUGCAUGAAUCUCUUUUUGGUUCAGUUGCAGAUGAUCAAAAAUUGAUGAUUUGGGAUACGAGAUGUAAUAAUACUAGUAAACCAAGUCAUACAGUGAACGCUCAUACCGCAGAAGUUAAUUGUUUAAGUUUCAAUCCAUAUUCAGAAUUUAUUCUUGCUACUGGUAGCGCAGAUAAAACAGUAGCUUUAUGGGAUUUAAGGAAUUUAAAAUUAAAAUUACAUUCUUUCGAAUCUCAUAAAGAUGAAAUUUUCCAAGUUCAAUGGUCACCACACAAUGAAACAAUAUUAGCAAGUAGUGGUACGGAUAGACGUUUACAUGUAUGGGAUCUUAGCAAAAUUGGAGAAGAACAAUCUACUGAAGAUGCUGAAGAUGGACCACCAGAGUUAUUGUUCAUACAUGGUGGACAUACUGCAAAGAUAAGUGAUUUUUCAUGGAAUCCUAAUGAACCUUGGGUAAUAUGUUCUGUGUCGGAAGAUAACAUAAUGCAAGUUUGGCAAAUGGCAGAAAAUAUAUAUAACGAUGAAGAACCGGAUACACCAGCUAGUGAACUUGAAGCUGGGGCUUCAUAAAUUGAAAAAAUAAUUUAUUAAAUCAUCUUUGAUUUAACAAAGGUUAAGAAGUACUUCUAAUUAGUACUAUUAACUACUGAAAAGAACAUUAUUGAAUUAUAAACAACAUUAGAAUUGGUGAUUUAUAUAUUUGUAUAACUUAAGAAAAAAGAAACAAAAAAAAUUGUGUGAUUUAAGUUAUAACAUUAUGGAAGAGCAAUAAUAUUUCAGUUCUCCAUUAAUUUUUAUUACUUUUGUUUGUUUUUGGUUUUUUUUAUUACGAUUACAUUAAUCUUAAUUUUUCACAUCAAAACGUAUAUCUAUUAAAAUUUUUUUAAAUGCAUGUACUUGCGAGAGA